UAGGGUGUUGGGGUGUGUGCAUUUAAUGCUCCAUCAUCUUCUUCACAAAGGAAAAGAAAAGAGAAACCCUAACCUUAUUUUUUGCAACCCGUCGCUGCCGUAUCCGCCGCAAGCUGUCCGUGAAACUGCUGUCAGUCCAAACCGAUCGGCUGCAUUAGGUGCGUCAUCUUUGCCGUUCGAGGUCGCGCUGCUCCACCGUAGCCGAACCGUUUGCGAUCGCCAACCGUUCACGUGAAGCUUCGUCGCGCCGUAUCGCCAAGCAGCAGCCAUCGUCGAUCGUCAGCCACAUGCCUUCAGCCGUUCGCGAUUGCCCGAGUUAUAAAUUUGUCUUUGAAGUUUUUAAAAAGAAAAAGAAAAUCUAAACAACAAAAUUUUCAUGUAUUUGUUUAAAUAGAUUCAAAAUGUUUUGUUAUUUUUCCUAAUUAAAGUUUCAAUUGAUUAGCAUUUGAGCUUGUUUUUUAAAUAUAAUAAAGAAAACUCUUCACACUGCUUAAAAAGUUCACUGAAACACUAUUAGACUUAAUUUUGUUAGAAAGGUAAAUAUUUUGUCAUAUUUUUUUUUUUGAGAAUUUUCCUUUAAAUUUGAUAGUUUUAAUUCUUUUUUUUAAAAAGAAAUUCUAACCGUGUUAAUUUAAUCGACAACGACAAGUAUGACCAUUGCCUAAAAAUAUAUGGACAAGUUUGGCCAUAGAAAAGAACAGUAACCAAAUACCGGUUUGAUAUUUUUAAAUUUUGAUAUUUAAUUCUUUACAUUUGCACGUGUUUUUUAAAGAAUAAACAAACACUUUCAUUUCUUCCAAAAAAAUUGCUGAAAAGGUUCUUCUGUCUUUGGUGGUAUCCUCAUCAUGCGUUUUAAUAGAGCCUUUCUUUAUAUAUAUUAGAUUUUAGAUUUUGCAAAAAUGACUCAUGAUAAUUUAUCUAAUCGUUAUCCCUAAAUUGCCCCCAAAAUCUCAUUUUCCUUUUUCCACUUUUUAUUUUAAGAAUUCAUCACUCUCACUCUCUCUCUCUCUACACUCUUAUCUUUGUUUCAGCAACUGUCUCCUGCCAUCUCACUUAUGUUUCGUUUGUCAUUAACGAUGAAAUUGAUACAGGCGUCGUCGUGGAGGUGUUUUACAGGACUUUCGAUUUGCAAUCACCAAUUUAAAAAGAGGUCAGGAGCAAACAAAAUAAUCCACCAUGGUCGACAGUGACAAAAUAGCAACUAAAGUCAAUCAUAAUGCACGACUUGCCACAAAUCUUUCUUCAGAAUUUACUCUGAUCAAUGGCAGCCUUAAGUGCGGCGUUUGGUUCUCUUUCCACUAAUUCCAAUUGCUUGAAUGUUUCACCUUGUACAUGAGGUCUUUCCGAAUGGUCAAACAAUUGUGGCUAGUAAAGAGGAUGGUGUGAGAUUGAAAGACCAUAUAAUAAUUAUCGGAAUAUUCUCUUUAUUCCUCAAUUACAAUGACCAACGUUCAAGGGAGGUGAUUAGGAUGGGUGAGUGAUGGGAUGGACUUUACUAUCUACGGAGAGGUACGCUGCAACAAAAUGGAAGGGUGGAACGAAAACAUAAACAUAUUGAACGUUGCUCGUGCUUUAAGGUUUCAAGGAGAAUUGUCGAUUUAUUUUUGGAGUGAAUGUGUUUUGGCACUUUUCCAUCUAAUAAAUCGAACUCCGUCAAUUGUUAUCGACAACAAAACUCUUAUGAGAUUAUCUUUUGGAAGAGUAAAAUUAUCGUCACUUCUGACAGCAACUUCUCCAAGAGGUAGAGAACGCAACACUUUUCGCACUAUCUUGGAUUCAUGUAUCUUCUCUCCAAGUUUAAAUGAUUCAUUGGCUAUUUCCAGAACUCUCUCAUUAUAUUCAGCUACAGACUCAUCUUCAGACAUUUUUAAGGCUUCAAAUUUUGAGGUUACCAACUGUAAUUUGGAUGUUUUAACUUUUGUAGUGCCUUCAUAUGCAACCUCCAAGAUUUUCCAUGCUUCUUUGGCAGAACUACAAGAGUUAAUUAAUCUAAACACAUUCAACUCAACACCAUUAAAGAUAGCAUUAAGAGUUCUAGCAUUCCCCACAAAGGCUUGUUCUUCAGCAUCAGUCCAGUUAACUUCAAAUUUUGGAACAGAAAUACCAUCUACAGUAAUCAUUGGUGGUUCUCAUCUAGCUACAAGCGCUCUCUAUGCUUUCCCAUCUAGAGUUUUGAUAAACGAUAUCAUACGAGGCUUCUAGUACAAAUAAUUCUUGUCAUCAAGUAUAGGAAGACGUAAGGUUGACAGACCUUUCUU